AUGCUUCAAUAUACCUCAGCAUUUAAUCCACAAAGAUUAAAGGAGGAGAAGCAAGCUAGAGUGAGAAUUUUAGAUUCUUCAAUUGAUGGGAAGCUUCUCGUUCAAAUUAACACUCCAAAACAAACAUCCAUCGAAUUAGUGAGUGAAGAUGGAUCUAGCAUGACUGCUGUCUCAUUCAAUAAGUUCGCAGACUUCGUAACCGCAAAUUUAUCAAGAGAUAAUGAACUUUUAAUUCUUGUUGAGAGAAUUCCAUCACCAAAAGGAUUUUGCUUCUCAUCAAAGAUCAUGCAUAUAUUUGGAAGUCAAGUUUCUAAGGAAAUUAUCUCUGAACACCCUAUUUCUGGAAAAUUUAUUGACAUAAAUCCAGCAAAAGGUUAUCAAAUGCUACAUAUUAUGGGUACGAAACUUACUCAUCUAAACGUAAUACUUACGAAAACGUCAAUAGAAUGCAAAGUUAUCAGAGGAGGUUUGAAUAUUCCAUCAUUAAUUGCUUAUCAUUACUUUAGAGACUCUGCAACACUCGCUGCUGUAUUUGUCGACGACAAAAUAUACAAAUUUGCACACUUUCAUAUUACAGAAGACGGUGUAAAAUCCAAACCACCAAUUCCGAUUACCGUUAGCGAGAAAUCGAUGCUUCCACCUGAACUUGCACUCAACGCAACAUCUCAACUACAUUUACCAGUUUUUCGAACGCAAUUACGCAGAUUUUUCUUCGAAAAAUGCAAUCGACAAGUUUUUAUCAUCCAGCAACUAUUUGAUCGCAACGAUUCAGCUCUUUCCUUCAGUAUCAUCUCAUUUCCCAUACAUUUUUCACAAAUUAUUUCAAUUCCAGGCGUUUCUCCAGAUCAUCCGAUUUGUUCGCUUCAUUUUUCGAAUAUGCUCAUUAUAUACGCGCCCAAUUUAUUCAUAUGUGUUGUAGAUAUGAGUUGUACACCUCCAAUCAUCUCUCUUAUGCCAAGUUCCUUAUGUAAUAGUAUUUGCAGUACAAUUGCCUCGAAUAUACCAAUUACGAACUCUAUUGUCGAUUUAGAUACAAACGAAAUAUACAAAGUAUCGAUAGAUACCUCCAAUAUCCAUUUAUACGAAAGAUCAUUUGAUAGAUUUACUUUGCCAACGAUUUCCGUUAUAUUGGCACGUCAACUUGAUAGUAAAACCAUCUGUUCCAUCAUGAAAUCGCUUCUUAAGUUCAAAGAUAAGACAUCAAUCCUUACAUUUAUUCAUUCUUUCUUAAAAGACUUUUGUGGACCAGAUUCUCGAUCAAGAAGAAGUCACCAGCUUCCAACUAAUGUCCACAAAGUCUCCUCUCUCCAAACAAUUAAAGAGAUACAGCCAGAAAGAUCAAAUUCGCAAGGAAUUUCGUAUUCUCGCAAAAAAGUGCCACAAACAUUUUUGCCAACGAUUGAAUCCAUUGAAAAAGAGUUUCCUUCACCAGGAACAGUUACCAGGUCUGUCAUGUUCAAGCGUAUUUUCCAACAGAUUGCCAGCGAAUCUAAAGAGAAAUCUCCAGAAGUUUUGGCCGAGAAAGCGAUGAAAUUCAUCAGAAGACAAAAUGAAGCAUCAAUUUGUUUGCGACAAUCAUUAGAUCUUCUUUCCGAGGAUGAAACAAUUGAUAAAGCAGACAUUGUUGCAAUCAAAAUAGCGAUUGCUUCUGAAAUUGUUUUCGAAAGUUUGCCAUCAAUUGCAUGUUUGACAGAAGAAAUCGCUUUGGAAGCCGAUAACUACUGUUCUAAACCAGUUAAAUACGCGUUAUCUGCUUACGGAAUUACCGGAAGAAUAUUCCCACAGAAAGAGGCUGUUCACUGGAAAAAAAGAAUUCCACAGUAUAUAUUCGAUACUUCUGUUGUUGGAACUUCUUCAACUUCUGAUUCAAGUUGGAGUUCUUCAAUCAUUUCUUCUCAUUUCAUGAUUAGAUCGCAAUCUAAAAGAAUUGGAUCUAUUCCUCAUAAUUUCAUGCCAAUGUCAACUCCUGCAUUCACUUAG